UGGUACCUGGGUGGCCAUAUCCCGCACGCUAUCAUGAGGGUUUCAGGCCAUAAAUGCUAAAAUAUCCAUGCGUAGGUUAGGACACAAAGAUGAAGUCCUCCACCGCUGUUUUUUGAAGCUGCCGGUUUGUCUGAGGUUGUCAUAAUUUCUGAUGAUAGUCGAUGCGUUUGGUCUAUCGCCACACAUCCAUGACUGAUAUAUGUAUAUUUAGGGCCUUCCUCUAGUUGCCGUUUGCAGAUCCCAAGGCAAGGAUCAUGUUUACCGUCUGCUCAUUAGAGAAAGACAUGGCGACUGGGACGAAACAAAAUGCACCUUUAAACCUUCGCACUGACGUUGUCAAUUCGCUUUUGUGGUGGUAUGUUUUGUGGCAAAAAAAAAAAAAAAAGACAUCCGUGCACUUUAACUACAAAAGACAACUGCUAUAACAGCUUGUUUCCAACUAAUACCAAACGCGACGUAUUACUUCGGCCGGCGCACAGCAGCUAAAGGCUCAACCAGACGUACGCGCUCCAAUGCGUCCGCACGCGCAGCGCCACGUCUGCGCGCGUACGGCGUCAGGCGCGGAGGCUGUUUCGCGUGUCGGCGCGCGGCGGCGUGGAGACCUACAACCGCUAGGAUUUUUUGCGCCCGCGCCGGAAGCUGCCGCUCGCGUCAGUAGCAUGACGCACGCACCUCACAUGACCACGGCGAGCCAACGUCACUUCCGGAACGACUCUUCGCGCGACGUUCAGGCAAGCCCGGGCAAGCUGCUUCAAUACCUCCUUGUUGGCUGUGCGCGUUGAGAUAGACGUUCUUCAUGGCAGGUGCGGAAAUCUUCAGCCGUGACGGCUGCAUUAACAAUGAAACUUUGAUCGCCGAAGUGCAACGUCGCCAACCAUUCGGGAUGGCCUCGCAUAAACAAGGACCGCAACCUCAAAGCGGCACUGUGGAACGAAGUGACGGCCUCCGUCCUGCCAGAUGUCAACAUCCAAGGUAAGCACGAGAUUGUGCAGCUUCCACGUGAAUAAUCGUUUACUAAGCAGUCUUGCAUUUCUAUAUGCAGUGGGACUGGAGUUGGUGCAAAAGAGGUAGAAAUCGCUGCGUGACAAAUUUCGCCGCAUUUUCAAUGACCGCAUGAAGUCACAAAAGAGAGGCGCCGGCGCCGAGGAUGUCGAGUCUGUCGACACUGCACGGCCAUUUUUUGAGCUGUUGCUGUUUUUAAAAGACACCAUGGUGACGAGACCCACUUCAGGCAAUUAUGUAGUGCCUGCAAGCCCAAGAGAGGUGAGCCAGCAGCUGGACACAAGUGAGCCACACAGUGCGAACCAACAGCACAGUAGUGCAGAAAAAAUUUUAAUGGGCAUUGCCCAGUUCGAAGACCAAGACUUGGAUGCACAAUCAGAUAUUUCUGAUCUGUCAGGCUUGGUGUCAGUGUCACAGGUCUCGUCAGCCUCGACGUCAUCCCCAGCGCCAGCAACGAUGGCAUCUAUGACAUCAGCUUCGACGUUGUCUACGGCACCAGCCUUGAUGUCAGCAGCACAAGGAGCGGCUGUCCCAAGUCAGCAGGGAGCUGCUAGCCAAAGACUGCAAAACAAAGAAGAGAAGGCCAAGUGAAGACGCUCUUGUGACUGAAAUGGGCGAACUGUCCAAAAUCCUACAGGCUUGCCCUUUAGAGGACGAGUAUUAUCACAUGGCCCUCAAAUAGCAAAAUUCUUGAGGAAAGUGCCGGAAGAACGGCAACUCGACUUUCAGAUUGAGUUGCUGCAAUUA